UACUGUGCGUUUUGAGAAAAUGGCUGCGCCCAUUGAGAUCAAGUCAACACAGAAGUGUUUCUCUUAACAUUCUUGAGAUAAUAUCAACAGAACGUUUCACUAAGACAAUGGCUUCUAUAGAAACAUGGGUAAAUGACAAGCUCCACGAUCUACUAGGCAUAUCUGACAAAUACAUCGGCCAGUACUUCGUUGGACUUGCUGCGAAAUCGGAAAGCCAUGACGAGUUCGUUGACAAACUUCGCGACACAGGAGCAGUUGAUGUCGACGAGCAAGUGACACAGUUUGCAAAAGAAUUAUUUGAUCGGGUACCUCAUAAAAGGAAAAUAGAGAGAACCUUGACAACAGAUCAACAUCGUCAAAAGGAAUUAGAACACAAGAACAAGACGUAUACUCUGUUGUCUGACGAUGAGGAGGACGCUGUGCCUGCAGCAACAAUGCCAAAGAGAAGUUCAAAGGAGAAAAAAAGAAAUAUUCGCAAGAAGCAAGAAUCAUCUGAGAGCAGUAGCGAGAGUGACAGGAAUGACGCUGAUGACCUUGAUGCAGAUCUGGACAUGGACUCGGAGUCGGAGUCAGACCCAGACGAGGCUGAGCGGCAGCUUGACCUGAAGGAGCGAGAUGAGUUUGCCAAGAGACUGAAGGACAAAGACAAGGAGAAAACACGAACUGUUACAUCUAAAAGUGACAAGAAGGCAUACGAAGAAGCCAAGAAUCGUCUGCAGCUGGAGACGGAGGACAGGAAGCGCAUCAUCCCAGAUUUGCGGAAACAGUCCCGCCGCGACUACCUCAAGAAGCGAGGUCAUGACAAGCUAGAGGACCUGGAAGCUGAGAUCAUUGAUGAUGAGUAUCUGUUUGAUGGCAAGAGUCUCACCAGGCGGGAACAAGCUGAACUCAACUACAAGAAGAAGGUGCUAAAACUGGCCAAGGACCAUCGCAAAGCUGGGGACAUCGAGAAGGUGAACCGCUACUACAUGCCCAAGGACGACGUGAAGCCCCAGGACAAGUAUGUGGAGGACGUGACGGAGCGUGGGCCCAACUAUGAACAGAGUCGCUGGGAGGAGGACCAUCUGUCCACGGCUCUCCUCAAGUUCGGAGCCAAAGAUGCCAAAUCCAAGAAGAAGGCUCCGGAGUAUGAGGUCAUCAUGGACGAUGAGAUCGAGUUUGUGCAAGCUCUCCAGUUGCCGGGCUCCAUCAAGGACAAGGACCAAAUGCCCCAAAUGUCAGAGGGGGAGAAACAGAAAAUGACCAUUGAGGAGACGAAGAAGAGCCUGCCCAUCUUUCCCUUCAAGCAGGACCUGAUCGAUGCCAUUCACACCCACCAGGUCCUGAUCAUCGAGGGCGAGACGGGGUCGGGCAAGACCACACAGAUACCACAGUACCUCAAUGACGCGGGUUUUAACGAAAAUGGCAUGAUGGUCGGAUGCACCCAACCUCGCCGAGUGGCAGCCAUGUCAGUAGCAUCCAGAGUGGCACAAGAGAUGGGAUACAAACUCGGGAAUGAGGUGGGCUACAGCAUCAGGUUUGAGGACUGCACCUCCGAGAGAACUAUCCUCAAGUACAUGACAGACGGCAUGCUGCUCCGGGAGUUCCUGUCAGAACCAGAUCUGGCCAGUUACAGUGUGUUGAUAAUUGAUGAGGCCCAUGAGCGGACGCUUCACACGGAUGUCCUCUUCGGUUUGGUCAAGGACAUAGCAAGGUUUCGGCCUGAUCUCAAACUUCUCAUUUCUAGUGCGACUCUUGAUGCCCAGAAGUUCUCAGAGUUCUUUGAUGAUGCUCCAAUAUUCCGGAUUCCUGGAAGGAGGUUUCCUGUGCAUAUCUUCUACACUAAGGCCCCGGAGGCGGACUACCUGGACGCGGUGGUGGUGUCGGUGCUGCAGAUCCAUGUCACCCAGGCUCCAGGGGACAUCCUCGUCUUCCUCACAGGUCAGGAGGAGAUCGAGACAGCGCAGGAAAUGUUGACAGAAAGAACAAGGAAGUUGGGGUCAAAGAUCAAGGAGUUGGUGAUUCUUCCAAUCUACUCCAAUCUACCUUCUGAGAUGCAGGCUAAGAUAUUUGAACCAACACCACCAGGGGGCAGGAAGGUUAUUCUGGCAACAAAUAUCGCAGAGACGUCCCUGACAAUAGACGGCAUCAUCUAUGUGAUUGAUCCUGGUUUCUGUAAAAUGAAGAGCUACAACGCCCGCACAGGCAUGGAGUCACUGGUUGUCAGUCCUAUAUCGAGGGCGUCGGCCAAUCAGCGGGCGGGUCGGGCAGGGCGUGUUGCUGCAGGGAAAUGUUUCCGGUUGUACACGGCAUGGGCGUACAAGAAUGAAUUGGAGGACAACACCAUCCCCGAGAUCCAGCGCACCAACCUCGGCAACGUGGUGCUGUUGUUGAAGAGCCUGGGUAUCAACGACCUCAUCAACUUUGAUUUCAUGGACGCGCCGCCCCACGAGACACUGGUGCUAGCCCUGGAGCAACUGUACGCUCUCGGGGCACUCAACCACAUGGGGGAGCUCACUAAGCUAGGGAGACGCAUGGCCGAGUUUCCCGUCGAUCCCAUGAUGUCAAAGAUGAUCCUUGCUUCCGAAAAAUACAAGUGCUCAAAGGAAGUGAUCACAAUAGCUGCCAUGUUGUCUGUGAACAAUGCUGUAUUCUACCGUCCCAAAGAUAAGAUUGUCCAUGCUGAUACGGCUCGUGUGAAUUUCUUUGUCCCUGGAGGAGACCAUCUGACCCUGCUGAAUGUAUACACCCAAUGGGAGGACACCGACUACUCCACACAGUGGUGUUACGAGAACUUCAUACAGCACCGGUCCAUGAAGCGAGCUCGCGAUGUCCGUGAUCAACUCGAGGGACUCCUGGACAGAGUGGAAAUAGAGAUUGUUUCCAACCCUGGAGAGACUGUCAAUAUUAGAAAGGCCGUGACAGCAGGCUACUUCUACCACACAUCCAGGAUGGACAAGGGCGGACAGUACAAGACAGUCAAGCACCAUCAGACAGUCAUGAUCCACCCAAACAGCUCACUGUUUGAGGAGCUGCCACGAUGGCUCAUCUACCACGAACUGGUGUUCACCUCGAAAGAGUUCAUGAGACAAGUGAUUGAGAUAGAGAAUGGCUGGCUUCUGGAAGUGGCGCCACAUUACUACCGGGCCAAGGACCUGGAGUCAGGCGCCAAUAAGAAGAUGCCAAAGAAAGCGGGAAAGGCCAAGGAUGACUUGAACAGAGUGUAUUAAAAGACUUGCAAGAUAAUCUUUGUUUUUCUCAACCCUAAUGCCAAGUGUUGAGGAAUUAAAACAACAGUUGGGGGCACGGGUGGCCAAGUCGUCUAAGGUGCCGUGAUUCGCUUUGCAGAGUUAUGUCCCUAGGGCACGCCAGAAGCCUAUGAUUGUGGGUUGAAUCCCGGUUCGCCCCGAUGAUGUUUCUAGU